AUGAGUAUCCUGCGGUCUAACAGGCUGCAAGAGGGCUGGUCUUUAGAAUUCUAUGUGAAGGGCUGGCGGGGGCGUGGUCAUAAGAGGGGCGUGGUCCGGCUGCGACAGAGAAGACAGGUAAUCCGCUGUCUGUACAUGUCAAGGUCGCGUGUUCGAGUCCUGUCUCGUGCUUUUGUGAAUCUCCCGUUAAAUAAAUGCUAAUUACUCUUGGUUGCAUGGACAGUGUAGUGAUGGUAGAUUUUAGUGAUAGUCAUUAGCACUAGGGUAUAGCACCCGGCUGUUUAGGUCAGAUGUCAGCUUUAGAGUAGUAGACACCAAACCUGGAUUGGAAUGUUGUUAUUAAUGGGGUUCUGAAUUCCAAGACUUCUGCUACAAUUAAAUGUAACCAGAAUCAGCUUUGUUAUUAGUGUAUCUACAAUACUGGCUGCCCAGCAAAAUGGACGUUCCCAGGGAAUUGUAGUCAACUUCACCUUAUCCCUAAACAAGAUAGAAUAUUUAUUGAUUGUAUAAUCAUAAAUACUGUUUAUAUUUAAUUUAACAUGUAUUCUAAAAGUCUUACUGAAGGGAUACUGUAGUCAACAGAACAACUACAGGUUGGUGUCUGAAACCUGUCCCUGCAUGUUUUUAAUGUAAACACUGCCUUGUCAAAAGAUACAUUAGAUUCACUGCCUUUUACAUUACUGCCUAGUAACACAUCUAGUGGCAGUCACUCCAUUACCCACUAGAGGUGCUUUGCAUGGAGACGCUGAAUGUUCCUCAUAGAGAUGUAUUGAUUCAGUGUUCCUUUAAAGGACCACUUUAGUGCCAGGAAAACAUACUCGUUUUCCUGGCACUAUAGUGCCCUGAGGGUGCCCCCACCCUCAGGGUCCCACUCCCGCUGGGCUGGAUGGCGAGGAAAGGGUUAAAUCUUACCUUUUUCCAGCGCCGGGCGGGGAGCUCUCCUCCUCCUCUCCGCCUCUUCGGCUGAAUGCGCAUGCGCGGCAAGAGCUGCGCGCGCAUUCAGCCUGUCUCAUAGGAAAGCAUUUAUAAUGCUUUCCUAUGGACGCUGGCGUCUUCUCACUGUGAAUUUCACAGUGAGAAGCACGCAAGCGCCUCUAGCGGCUGUCAAUGAGACAGCCACUAGAGGCUUUAGAGGCUGGAUUAACCCUAUUAUAAACAUAGCAGUUUCUCUGAAACUGCUAUGUUUAUAAAAAAAAGGGUUAAUCCUAGAGGGACCUGGCACCCAGACCACUUCAUUAAGCUGAAGUGGUCUGGGUGCCUAGAGUGGUCCUUUAAGGUAGUGCUGUCAUUUUGGGGGUCUUUGCAGUUUCUGAAAGAACUUUCAAUAGGACGUAAUCACUAUAUUUGAUGAUUUUCUACUAGAUGUUAUUGUGUAUUUGUGUAUGUGAACUAUGAAAAAAUGGGUCUACAAAACAUUGCCCAAGAAAAUUAAUUAUUGUUAUUUUGCAAGACAUCUAAACUAUUGUGAAAUAUUCAGUGAUGCAAAGCUGAGGUGGCACCUGUAACAUUCACAAAAUAGAUUUAUUUCUCACAAAAAUUAUAAAUGGUGUAGAAUUUAAAAUAUUGCAAUCCACAACGAAAAUCGACAUCAUGGUUAAUAUAAUUACCAUGUGAGGUAUUAACUUUAUACUUACCCAUCUAAAGGUAUUUAUUUUAAGUAAGCAGGAAUCAAUUUGCAAAAUUGAGGUUGUCACAGGUAGCAGAACUGGUGGAUUGACAUUUGGUGAUAUCGAACAGGUUUUCUAGUAUUCUUUUCAGAAACAAAGCAUCUUAAACAAGAAACUACAAUAUAUAUAGUAAUUAGAAUAAAAAUAAUCACAAUAGCGCCGCUUCAUAUUUUCCUACCCAAUAGACCCAACCAGGUAUCCAAACCGAAGGUUCCUCAAAGAAUCCUGAGUCUUGGGUUAGGUCAGAUGCUAUCUUUCUUAAGUCAGCAAUGUUUAGAUGUAUGGGUCUAGCAUGGUCAGACAAGUUAAAACAGCACAUCCCCUCGAAUGCUUCACAACCAUGCUUGUGUUUUAGCAAGAGAUAGUCUAUGGCAGUCCCUAAGUGCCUAGUUGAGACAUAAGGACUCAGCUCUCUGGGUAUUGCAGGCAAAAAGUGGCACCCGGUUGAUCCCAGGUAUGAAGUUAAGCAUUUCUGAAAUGGUUUGGCUCAUUAUAAUAGGGGGUGGGUGGGCUUCUACACCAUAACCACUGCAAAAAGCUGUAGUGGCUAUGGUGUUUGGAGUCAUCCUUUACUACGUUAGCUCAGUGGCGGCUGGUGACUUUUCAAGUUGGAGGGGGAACCAGACUGGACACAGUCAAAUACACGUGUAUUUGAAUCUGUCCCUAAAUAGUGUUAAUCAUGAAUAGGAAUAUGUACAGUAUCUCACAAAAGUGAGUACACCCCUCACAUUUUUGUAAAUAUUUUAUUAUAUCUUUUCAUGUGACAACACUGAAGAAAUGGCACUCUGCUACAUUGUAAAGAAGUAAGUGUACAACCUGUAUAACAGUGUAAAUUGGCUGUCCCCUCAAAAUUACUCAUCACACAGCCAUUAAUGUCUAAAUCGUUGGCAACAAAAGUGAGUACUUUUUGGAAAUGUCCAAAUUGGGCCUAAAGUGUCAAUAUUUUGUGUGGCCACCAUUAUUUUCCAGCACUGCUUUAACCCUCAUGGGCAUGGAGUUCACCAUAGCUUCACAGGUUGCCACUGGCGCUCCCCUACCUUCCAUUUGAGGAUGCCCCACAGAUGCUCAAUAGGGUUUAGGUCUGGAGACAUGCUUGGCCAGUCCAUCACCUUUACCUUCAGCUUCUUUAGCAAGGCAGUGGUCGUCUUGGAGGUGUGUUUGGGGUCGUAAUCAUAUUGGAAUACUGCCCUGCGGCCCAGGCUCCGAAUGGAGGGGAUCAUGCUCUGCUUCAGUAUGUCACAGUACAUGUUGGCAUUCAUGGUUCCAUCAAUGAACUGUAGCUCCCCAGUGCCGGCAGCACUCAUGCAGGCCCAGACCAUGACACUCCCACCAUUAUGCUUGACUGUAGGCAAGACACACUUGUCUUUCUACUCCUCACCUGGUUGACGCCACGCACGCUUGACACCAUCUGAACCAAGUUUAUCUGACACCAUACCUAAGUUUAUCUUGGUCUAAUUGGACCACAGGACAUGGUUCUAGUAAUCCAUGUCCUUACUGUGCUUGUCUUCAGCAAACUGUUUGCGGGCCUUCUUGUGCAUCAUCUUUAGAAGAGACCAUGUAGACCAAUUUGAUGCAGUGUGCAGCGUAUGGUCUGAGCACUGACAGGCUGACUUCCCACCCCUUCAACCUCUAUAGCAAUGCUGGCAGCACUCAUACGUCUAUUUCCCAAAGACGACCUCUAGUUAUGACGUUGAGCACGUGUACUCAACUUCUUUGGUCGACCAUGGCAAGACCUAUUCUGAGUGGAACCUGUCCUGUGAAACCGCUGUAUGGUCUUGCCCACCAUGCUGCAGCUCAGUUUCAGGGUCUUGGCAAUCUUCUUAUAGCCUAGGCCAUCUUUAUGUAGAGCAACAAUUAUUUUUUUGAGAUCCUAAGAGAGUUAUUUUCCAUGAGGUGUUGAACUUCCAGUGACCAGUAUGAGAGAGUGUGAGAACGAUAACACCAAAUUUAACACACCUGCUCCCCAUUCACACCUGAGAUCUUGUGACACUAAAGAGUCCCAGGGAGGGAAAAUGGCUAAUUGGGCCCUAUUUGGACAUUUCCACUUAGGGCUGUACUCACUUUUGUUGCCAACGGUUUAGACACUAAUGGCUGUGUGUUGAGUUAUUUUGAGGGGACAUCAUAUUUAUACAGUUAUUUAGGCUGUACAACUUUACAUUGUAGCAUAGUGUCAUUUCUUCAGUGUUGUCACAUGAAAAGAUAUGAUAAAAUAUUUACAAAAAUGUGAGGGGUGUACUCACUUUUAUGAGAUACUAUAUAUUAUUAUUAUUAUUAUUAUUAUUAUUAUAUAUGGCUCUAAUACCUCCAGAUAUAUGUAACCAUAUAUAGUGAAUCAUUGAAUUACAAGUGCAAUAAAGAGUUUAGCCACAAUAUGCCACCAAAUGAUUACUUUACAUUUUUAAACUGUAAAGUGCAAUACAAAUUGAUUGAAAUAAAAAAAUACAGACUUUAUUAUUUACAUUUUAUUUAUAAAAAAAGAAAUUUUCCUCAUGAGAAAAUUUUAUAACUUAAAAAAAAAGAAAUAAUAGAAUAAGUAGCUUUCUCAGUGGCCUUAGUGACAGGUACCCACUGAUGGAGUUGGUGCCUGUCACCAGUGCUUUAUCUUUAACGAGGUUAAAAAGGCAUUUGCCUUGGGCGGCACUUUCGGGGGGACAGCAAAAAACGCCACCCCCUCCCCCGCCCAAGCGUCCUGGCAGAUGCCAUGUUUGCCUCUUUCAUGGGGGACCCAAGAGACUGGCAACCUCAGGGCCCCCCAGACGCGUUCAAGCUGCCAACAGUGCGUCAUUCUGACUCCCGGCUUCACUGAGCAGGAAGAGCUCAGAGCACAGUGCUCCCUGGCCGCCAGCAUUGGCUGACUGACCAACGGCCCGCCCGCCUGUGCCUUCAUGCCUGCCCGCCCGUCUGCCAAGCCACCAGCAGCUGGCCCCACUGGGCCCCAGGGAAGAAUCCACUCCAGCUCUCCUAAAGGUAGGGAGGCUGGGUGGAUUAAAAUUAAAUGACAGAUAAUUUGUAUUAGACAAUGUGUGUGUGUGUCAGUAUCGGUGUCUGUGAGUGUGUGUGUCUGUUUUAGUGUGUCAGUAUCAGGCUGUCUGUCACUGAAUGUGUGUGUCUGUGAGUGAAUGUGUGUGUGUGCCUGUCAGUGAAUGUUUGUGUCUGUCAGUAUGUGUCUGUGAGUUAAUGUGUGUGUGCCUGUCAGUGAAUGUGUGUGUCUGUGAGGGAAUGUGUGUGUGUCUGUCUGGAAGUGUGUGUCUGUCAGUGUAUGUCUGUGAGUUUGUAUUUGUUAGUGAAUGUAUGUGUCUGUCAGUGAAUGUCUGUGAGUGUGCGUCUGUUAGUAAAUGAGUGUUUGUCUGUUUGUGAGCAAAUUUAGAUUGGGGGGGUGCACAAGUUUCGUCAUGCCUAGGGCAGCACAAAUUUAAAAUACACCACUGCCUGUCACUGUGUGAUAUUUUUAGGGGUGAUAGGACAUGAACGGUAUGAGGGGCACCUUUUAAAGUUCUUAACACUAAAGUAAGGCAGACACCACUUCAAUCAGCGAGUGGUAAAGCGGUGCCUGCUGCCAUUCUUGCUGCCUAAAGUAAAUAUCAAAGCGGUGCCUGCUGCCAUUCUAAGUUAAAGUACACAAUGAGGGGAGGGAAGGAGCCUGGGAGUCUGUGGGCUUGGCGCAGGAUCCCAAAGGUAAAGCAGUGUCUGCCACCAUACCUUCUGCAAAGUGAAGCCAGUGCUUGGAGGGAUCUGCUAGAGCCGGGAGAGAGGAAACGAUGGAGCAACCACAUGCCUCAACUUCAGAAGGGGAAGUGGAUUUCUGACAACUCCACCGCCUGCUUCCAGCAGCCAAUAAGAGCCCAGUAGGCAUGCUAGUAAAUGGGCCAGUCUACUAAGGCCUAUUUUUGUCCCUUUUAAUUGGCACCAUUAGGAAUCAAAUGGGAACUGCUAGCCAAUGACGGUGAAGUAGGCAACUUCACAGAGUUUACACAGGUUUUAGGGACGUCAUCCAACCAUCAGAUUAGGUUUGGUUUUUUUGUGGUUUUUUUUUUAACUCACUCUUCCUUGCAACAGCACAUGGGUAGCACUGCCACUAUGGACAAGCCUCCAUUGUAUAAUUAGCCAAAACAUAACACAGAUAUAAAUAACACUGUGAAUAGUGAAUUUAUCAAAAUUAAUUCAGCAUAGACUGACACAUUGCUGAAAUAAAUGCAAUAAAACUAAUUUCAUAAAGUGUGCUUCUUUUUUCAGCUCUGUAUCAUGAGGGGCCUGCUGAGGAGGACAGCUGAUCUGGUGACAAAAAUAUACAGGACUCAAUGCAUCAUGAAUGAACCUUUUACAGUACCUUGUAAAUACAGACAUUGUACAGGACCUGGGAACACAAGACCUGCAAUUUCAUCUGUGACUACAAAUGUUCUUAUGAAAUGCAAUGUCAAAUCUUUGAUGAAUCUUCCAGGAGUGCAUGUAGAGUUAAAAAAUCUAUGUGGAUUUUAUAUUGGUUUUCAACACACAAGGACCUCUGUUCCCCAGUGUAAUUUGCUUGGAGUUUCUCGUAGGUUAUAUUCCAUCUCCUCAUCAAAACCUGGAACGCCGUUAUCUGUAACCAAAAGACCUCUAAAAGCACCGAGAACAAAACAGCCAUCCAGAGCUAAUCAACCUUUACUGUCAGACACUGUGGUAAAAAUGGAUUUAUUCACUUUUAUUUAAGUUUAGGAACAACCUCUGGCCUUGCGUAAACAGAAUAAAUAAUAGUAUUUUGAAUGUAUGUGUCAUAGUAUAUGAAAAUACAAUAAUAUAGGAUUUGUACGCACACGUCUCUGCAGUCAUCCAUCGUACCUCCAGUAUAAAGGAACUGGGUGCAUAUAAGAGCAAUGGGCUUGAUAUCAAUAUUGUCUACUUUCUUUGCUUUUCUUAUUUAGGAUCUGAUGCAGUGCACAGCCUUCGCAACAGCUGAUGAAUAUCACUUGGGUACUUUGUGCCAUGACCUGACAUUACACGGCUACUUGGAACUGCCAAUUUUGCCAAGAGGUAUCAUUUAUGUUCUUGCAAUAUCUUGACUUGUGCACUCUCGUCAUCAGCCUUAUCUCUUGUAUAAUUUGCAGAAAACACCUGUAGUCAAGCCAUCAAUCAUUUUGGCAGUAAUUGGAAGGCAUGAAAGCAAUAAAGUAAAGCUAAGGUUUUGCCCAGGAUUUAGUGAAAAGGAUAGUAAAGUAUGUCCAUGCAGAGCAAGAAGGAAAAUGUAUGAGUUCUGUGCAUGCUAUAGGACCCUCAGAGAGCUAGAUGUCAAACUACAUAUUAGUAUUUCCAUGCUUAAGUACUAGACUGACUGACAGUUCGGUAAUUUUAGCCACAGUUGCAUUGUUUUGAUGACUGUCAUUUUUUUAGAUUAUACGCUUAUAUGAACAGUUCGCUCUUCACCUAAUGUUCCCAUAUUUCAGACAUGUUUUGUUAGAAUUACUUUUUUGUCUUGUUUCACCUAUUGUACAGCACAAUAGAAUACAAAAGUAUAAAAGCCAAACAAGACACUCACAUUUGAAGUGGCUGUAUUUUGCAGGAACUUCCCUGUUUUCAGAUAAUCAAUAUGGUCACAGCAGAGGUUUCUGGGACUUGGAUGCCGUUUAUUAGAUUUAUACUUCUGAAAGCUGAACUACAAAUCACAGAAACCUUUGCUGUGCUUCUUGAUCUUCUAUCAUGUGCAGUACAACAUGAUAAAAACAUUGCUUAGAAAGUUAGUUGUGAAAUCACUUAUCUCUGUUAUAGAACCAGGAAUAUUUACAUGUUUUAGAAUAACGGAGAUGAGGCAUAUUAGGCAGGGUUAAGAUACAGCUAACAUACAGCAUGUUAUUUAGUACAAAAAAAAAUAAAAAUACAAAUUUGAGUUGGUACCUCUAUGGUAAAGUCAUAGUGGAACAUGUGUUAAAAGUGAAAUCUAAGCCAAAGCAACUUAGAGGGACACUCUAGGGACUAUAACCAUUGCAUCUUAUUGACGUGGUUAUAGUGCCAGAAAUCAUCUGGUGCAAUCUCUCCAUUCAGUGUUAAACCACUUCGUAACAGAUUAACACUGAAUGAGGGUCCCUAGCUACAUUUUUUUGUUCAAAGAGAUUUCACGGAGUCAAACUCUGGGAGAUAGAUAGCCACUAGAGGCAGUUUCUCUAAAAUUUCAAUGUUUUACAUUGCAGGGUUAAGGAAACAGGGACACUACACCCAGAGCACUUCAAAGAGAUAAAGUGAUCUAGGGACCUAUAGUGUCCCUCUAACUACACUGUCAACAUCAAUUUUUAGUUUGAAAAAAUAGACGAAAGGAAGGGGUAGAUCGUCAGCUCCACAAAAGCGGGUCAGAUCUACUCACAUCCACACAUACCUCCUAAUGUCAACGUAGCAUAAAAAAUGGUAAAAACUUUUAUUAAUAAACAUAAGAAAUAAAAAAGGAGGAUAAUGCUAGAUAUUCAAAACCCAAUAUACCAAAAACAAACGUGUCACAAACGUGAAACAGUGAAGAAUAUACGUAAUAAAAUACCCGGGUACACUCAUACCGAGAGGUCCGGCACGGAUAAUGAGGGGUUCUGGAUGACUAAAAGUAUAUGGGCCAGACUAGGUCCACAGCUAGCAACACACGAACCCCAGAAAGCCUGAUAUCCAAAUUCUAAAUGACACCUCCAGGUAUAGUGAGGUCCUAACCAAGUAGAAAUCUAGUUCCCAAUUAAAGUCUAUACUUGGUUUAAGUAUAAGGUAAAAAUAGAGCCACUAGAAAGGACCCCAGUAUGUAAAGGACUGCUUAUAUAAGCCUAUCAGAAAAAAGGUGGCUAGCAAACCUCCCUUUAUACGGGGAUAUAGUUGAGGAGUAGACAGCCGGUAUCAUUAGGGAGCCUCUAGUGGCGGGGUGAGUAUAUCCAAAGAGAAGAGCUUCCCCAUAAUCUCCUUAUCAAAUACAGUCAAUUUAACUUUGACCCAUAUGACCCCCCUCUCAGUAUAGAAAAAAGACUCAAAGCUAAACUCAAAAUAAUAGUUCUGUAACUUAAACAGAAAUAAAAAGGACCGAGAUUGCCUGGUCCAUGAGUAAGAGGGAGAUGGAGGUCUAUAUAAAAGAAGAAAAGUAAGGAGUAGGAGAAACCAAAGGUAGUCACAUACAGGAGCAGCACCCUAGUACGCCCUAAAAUAGCUCACUAACUUGAAGGUGAAAACUGGCAUAUCUACCUGCUGCUUCAAGGCAGCCUCAAAAUAACCCUAAAUAGUAGAGCGGAGGAGCAUAGUCAAAGUCAUUAUUAAUAGGAUAAAUGAAAGUAAAGGCAUCAAAGUGACCCAGGUAAAGUUAAAAUAAAAAAAAGGAAAUUCUAGCAAAGUGUAUGCAUCGGCAAAAUAAAGCUUGAUGCGCGUUUCCGCGUUUCCAUACGCCUUUAUCAAGAGCUGACCGGCAAGUGCAAGAGAGACUCCUUAUAAAGGUACGAAAGGACACACCUCCUUUUGUUAACACCCAAUCCAAGCGGGCAAGUGGGUCAGGAGCAGAGUACCUCCCUCUCACUCCCUAUAGGCCAAUCAGAUUCUAUCCCUAGAGGCUCAUAGCCAAUCAGGAACGUAGAAGUCCGUGUACUGGCAUUGGCUGAGGGGGUGUAUAGUAAUCACCCCAUGGUUCUGUCUCUGCCCAUCGGACAGUAAGUCUAAAAUAGAAUAAGGUAAAAUAGGCAGACAGCCAGGAGAACUGUCAACACAGGGCAACAAUCUGCAAAAAACUAUAUAAAAAUACGGAUGUGGCUAUCGUCAUAGUUGCAAAGUGGCUAUCAGAGAGGCACUGUGCUGGCAGUCGGCAGGGAGGAAGUGAGAGAGGACCCGGGAGCUCAGCCUGCAGCAUCUCCAGGUCCUCCUCUCGUGAGCAGGGAGCGGUGCCGCGGUUACCACAGCAACGCUCCAAAUCUCGCGAGAGUGAACUCUAGCCCUGGAGUUAUGGGCUAGAGUUCACUCCUACCACCGGACCACCAGGGAUGGAGAAAUGUCCCCCCUCCUCCCAGUGAAGGUAAGAAGGGAGUAUUUAUUUAUUUUAAUUAAAUUUAAAAAAAUAUUAUAAAAAAAAGCCCCCCUACCCUUCUUAUCACACACACACACUCUACACACAUACACUACCCCCAUACACACACACUGCCCCCAUACACACACUGCCCCCCAUACACACACACACUGCCCCCAUACACACACACUGCCCCUAUACACACACACUGCUCUCCAUAGACACACACUGCCCCCAUAGACACACACUGCCCCCUAUAGACACACACUGCCCCCAUACACAUACACUGCCCCCCAUACACACACACUGCCCCCCAUACACACACUCUACACACAUACAUUAUCCCCAUACACACACACUGCCCCCAUACGUGUGUUGCUACCUGUAGACCUAGUGUGGCCCAUAUACUUUUAGUCAUCCAGAACCCCUCAUUAUCCGUGCCGGACCUCUCGGUAUGAGUGUACCCGGGUAUUUUAUUACGUAUAUUUUUCACUGUUUCACGUUUGUGACACGUUUGUUUUUGGUAUAUUGAGUUUUGAAUAUCUAGCAUUAUCCUCCUUUUUUUUAUUUCUUAUGUUUAUUAAUAAAGGUUCUUACCAUUUUUUAUGUUACGUUGACAUUAGGAGGUAUGUGUGGAUGUGAGUAGAUCUCACCCGCUUUUGUGGAGCUGUCGAUCUACCCCUUCCUUUCGUCUAUUUUUUCAGUACGUCUUGGGGUCAAGCCCUAUUUAUAUCUCCUGUAACCUUUCUGAGGUACUGGUGCUGGUGUUGCCCAACACCACAACCUCUCUAUCUUUUUAAGAUCAAUUUUUAGUUAGUAGUGCCAAACAUAAGUUUCCUGAAGAAGUGCUUCCCAUAGCAAUAAGCAAUACAGGGCCGUUUUUAACGCGGGGCAAAUGGGGCAGCUGUCCCGGGCCCUUUUACUUCUAGGGGGCCCAAGGCAGCUGCCCCAUGGGCCCUGCUGCCCUCGACAACUUUCUCCCCCCCUCCCACGGACCCCUGGUGCAUCCUGUUGCCUGCACACUAAGAAGGAUGGGCCACCCGGUGGGCGUUUGUAAGCAGGGGCCCGGUCCCACGCUGUGGCCCUUUAACUGCCGUGAGUCACUUCCUCCCAGAGAGAGACGCACGGGAGAGACCACACCAGGGAAGCAGAGAGGAGCGGGGCUGGUCUGGAUUGCCCUUGGCAACCCCCAACAGCCCCAGCCACCACUCUGGACACCAGGGAAGCAAUCCUUCAAGGUAGGAAAUGGGGAGUAGAUUUAAAAGUGUGAAUGUGUCAGUAGGUUGUCUGUCAGUAUAUGUGUGUGUCAGUAUGCUUGUCAAUGGGUAUGUCAGUAUGUCUGCCAGUGUAUGUCUUUGUGUGUGUGCAGGUACGUAUCUUACAUGAGGCAAACAAGGCAUCUGCCUUGGGCGGCACUUUGCAGGGGGCGGCAAAAAAAGCCACCCCCAAACGCCCAGGCAGAUCCUUUGCUUACCUCGUUUCCUGGGGGGCUCAAGAGCUGGCCAGCUGGCCACUUUUGAGCCCCUUGAGGCAGGGGGUGGGCAACGGGCAGCGAGGGAGCAUGCUCAGCUCCCUCGCGCGCUGCUUAAUGAAGUCGGGAGCCGGAAUAUGACGUUAGACCGGCUCCCGGCAUCACUAAGCGACACGUGAGGGAGCUGAGCAGGGGAAUUAGAGCUCCCUUGCCGCCUACUCUGCCUGUCCACCCUCUGCCUGCCCGCCCAGCAGCCCUACUAGACAGAUAAAUAAUCCACUCCAGCUCUCCCAGGGAGGCUGGGUGAAUUUAAAAUAAAAAAAUAUUAUAAUAAUUUAAAGUGUUGGUGGUAAUGUCUGUGUGUGUGUGUGUCUGUGAGUGUGUGAAUGAGUGUAUGUGAGUGAAUGUGUGUGUGUGUCUGUAAGUGUGUGUGUCUGUAAGUGAAUGUGUGUGUGUGUGUCAGUCAAUGAAUAUGUAUGUGUCGGUCAGUGAGAGUGUGCGUCUGUCAGUGUGUGUCCGAGUAAUAGUGUGUGUCCUCCUAUCAGUGUGUCAAAGUGCGGCCUUGACUGGAAGGGGUGGGGAAAAUUUUAAUUAAGGGGGUCGUGGAGGCUGCCCGAGCACUGUCCUGCCUAGGGCAGCACAAAUCCUAUAUACACCACUGUGUUUGUGUCUGUGUGUCAUUAUGUUUGUCAGUGUGUGUCAGUAUGCCUAUCAGGGUAUGUUUGUCAGUAUGUCUGUCAGUGUGUCAGUAUGUCUGUCAGGGUAUGUGUCUGUGUGUGUGUCAUUAUGCCUGUCAGUGUGUUUGUGUGUGUCAGUAUGUCUGUCAGUGUGUUUGUGUCUGUCUGUGUCAGCAUGUCUGUCAGUAUAUAUGUGUGUGUGUCAGUAUGUCUGCCCGUGUAUAAGUCUGUGUAAGUAUGUUUGUGAAAGGUGUGAUUGCAUGCCAGGGAGUGUGGGGUGCCCAGGGGGCCCAAGAAAAUGCUUUGUCCAGGGUCCUAGUAAUAUUAAAGACGUCCUGACGCAACAGCUUCUGCACAGGCUAAUAUCACUUGUAAUGAAGAAGACAUGAAGGCCAUGAUCCCUACCGAAUAGGCACAAAUGGCUUAAAACUUCUACAAGAGUUCAGUUGGUGGGAGAGCUGUUUAACUACACUACUGUGAAGGAACAUGUAAAUCUGUCAACUCUCUAUAUUCUGUGCAUUUCAUUUUAUUUUAUAGAUGCAUCCAAUGUGUUGCUAGUCGAAGUAGAAAGUACUGCCAAAGAAAAUGAUACAGGGAUUAUCUUUUUCUUCAGGUACAGAUGUUUCAUUUCCUUCAUUUUUACAUCUUCUAUCUUCAUUCCAACCACAAACUCUUUAAAACACAAACUAAAUUGUACACAUUUGUUUUAUACUCACUAGAUGGACGCAAGUUUCUUUUCAGCUAUGUAACUAAUUUGUUGACCAUGUAAGAUCCUCCAUAGACAGAUCCAAUUCCCUGCAGCUGGUACUGAUGACAGAUGGAGGUUUGACACUGCUAGAUGGUGGUAACUACGUCUAGAAGUCCAUCUAGAAUUGUCAGGGUUAGGAAAUAUACAGAGACAACAUAGUCACUGCUUUGUUACUGUAUAUCUCUUGACUAGGUUGGAAUUUCAAUGAAAUUCCAACACAAUCAAAAUGAGUCUUUCAUAGAUUCUAUCUUUAUGAAAUACUAAUUUUUCAAGGGGGGGAGGGGGGAGGGAGUUGGUUUUGUUGUAUAGACCAUGCCCCUGCAGUCUCACUGCUCAGGUCUUUGCCAUUUAGUAGUUAACUUAUCACUUUAUGAAGGCCCAGUUAUACCUCCCUGCAUGUGACCUACACAUUUCCUGGAAAGAGAGAUCUAAUGUUUAAACUUCCUUUUUUGCACAGUCUUUUUUCAUUUUAAAUGUAUUAUCGCCUGCUCAGGAAAUAAAACCUUCCAAAGUGAGUUAAGAUAUGAAAAUUAAACCAAUUUUUUUCUUGCAGGCUAUAUCCUGGGAAGGUGUAGCUAGAUCUACAUGAAACAAAAGUUAUUAAACUCCUAAAUGUCAGAUAAUUGAGCAGUCAGAUUGCAUGGACAUGAUACGUACAUCCAAACUGCUUCAUUAAGCUAAAGUUGAUUUGAUACCUGUAGUGUCCCUUUAAUUCCCCCCCCACAAAAAAAAAUAUUUAUUGUGACUCUUAAAGGAACACUCUAACAUUAAAAAUAAAUAUAUUUAUUUAUAAUGGUUUAUAAUAGUAUAGUGUUCCUGAGCUUUAGAUUAUGCCCUUUCUCACUCUUUAAAAUAAGAAAACAGGACAUCUCUUUGCUGCAGCCACUUUUCUUCUUUUGACAUCAUCUGCCUGGAUGAUCUCUGGUUAAACCCAAUGCAACUCAUAAAAAGCCUACAUGCAUACCGUGUUUCUCCGAAAAUAAGACCGGGUCUUAUAUUAAUUUUAGUCACAAAAAACACACUAGGGCUUAUUUUCAGGGUAGGGCUUAUUUAUUUACGGUACCGGUAUGUACAUUGAACAACAUUUAAACAACUUUUCUUCAAAUACCGGUACAGUCAUCUUCAUUUUCCUUUGAACCAUUGGUCCUAAUCUCUCAUUUACAGCAAUAUAUGGUACAGUAGCUCUCCCUACCGUAAACAACAUUUAUUCAAUUACAAUCAUGUCAUCUUCUUCUGGAAUAUCAUCAUAACUCUCCAAACCCUGAUUGCCAGCCUGAAUUUCUUGCAUCUCCAUUUCCUUUUGAACCAUUGGGCCUAAUCUCUCAUGUAAAGCAAUAUAGCUCUCCUUAAACGAGUACUUCUUGUCCAUGUAGCCUGCUCGUAGUGCUUUGGCAACACAGCUGUCAGUGAUUUUAUCCCAUGAAUUCUUCACCCAUGUCACGACCUCUAGCAGUUUAGGCUUCACAAAGUUUCCACGCUGAUUUCUGACCAAUCUAUUUUCAGAGUAUUCAUUGAUUUCCGUGCGCAAAUGGUCCUUGAAUGGUUUAUUUAUUGCAAUAUCAAGAGUUUGGAGAUAAGCAGUCAUUCCUGCGGGAAUCAUUACUUGAUCUAUUCUUCUCUCUGCAAGGAAGUUCUUCAUGUCUUUUGCGCGGUGAGUGCUGGCUGAAUCCCAGACUAGCAGACCUCUUUGGCCACCUCUCAGAACAAGUGGCAGCAUUAAAUCGAUCCACUUUCUUAUAACUGCUUGUGUGCACCAGGCUUUUUCUGUUUCAAGAACAUAAAUGCCUGAAAUGCGUUCAAUCUUAUCUUUCUUUCCCUUUGCGAUAAUUAGAGGUGUGGCUUUUGUUCCAUCCAGACGAAUUGCCAAAACACAAGUAACACGUGCACUUUCAUAACCAGUGGAGGGAACGUAGAUUGAGGAGGCUCCCCUCUGAUCAAUUGUCGUUUGAGAUCCUUGGCCCAUAUACACUGCAGUUUCAUCCAUCGCAAUCAUGUUGGAGAGUUGGUAUUUAGAAAAGUCUAUGCCAUCAAUAAAGAACUUGAAUGCAAGUGCACGUUUAACAACUUCAUUAUCUUCCAGCUUGAACAGUGUUGUCGAUCUUCUUAGAGACAGUUCAUAUUGCUUAAGGAAGCCAUCCAGCCAGUGGUGUGAUGCUUUGAAAUCUUCUGUGGAUAUGUCUAAUUGUGGUGCUAUUUCAAGGGCAAAUGCUUGAAUAUCAGCCCUGCGCACAACCAAAGCCUUUGCUCUCUUGUCAGCAAUCCAUUCACAGAUGACAUCUUCCAGCUCAAGAUAUAAUGGCUGGCGACCUGAUCCACACUUGCGCUUCUUAGCAUUUCCCUCGUCCACCUUUUGACUGAGGUUACCAUACUCUGCUCGCCAUUUUCGGACCAUUCAGAGAUCUAACUUCAUCUCUUUGCAGAAAGUGGUCAGAUUCUUGCCGUGGGAGUCCUCCACGAUUCCUUUCUUGUACUCGACAGAAUAGCUCUUUCUCUUUGCACUCAUCUUGUCUGGGGAUCAAAAUACCGUACUGUCUAAUUAAUCCACCCCCCUCUAAUUAAUCUUUAAUUAAUCCACCCCCUCUAAUUAAUCCACCCCCUUUAAUUAAUCCAGCCCACCCUUUAAUUAAUCCACCCCCUUUAAUUAAUCCACCCCCCUCUUUAAUAAAUCCACCCCCUCUCCACCCCCCUUUAAUCCACCCCUUUAAUUAAUCCACCCCCCUAAUUAAUCCAGCCCACCCUUUAAUUAAUUCACCCCCCUCCUCUAAUUAAUCAGCCCACCCUUAAAUUAAUUCACCACCCCUUUAAUUAAUUCACCCCCUCUAAUUAAUCCACCCCUCUAAUUAAUCCAGCCCACCCUUUAAUUAAUUCACCCCCCCUUUAAUUAAUUCACCCCCCUCUAAUUAAUCCAGCCCACCCUUUAAUUAAUUCACCACCACUUUAAUUAAUUCACCCCUCAUUAAUCCAGCCCACCCUUUAAUUAAUUCACCCCUCUAAUUAAUCCAGCCCACCCUUGAAUUAAUUCACCCCCUCUAAUUAAUCCAGUCCACCCUUUAAUUAAUUCACCCCCCUUUAAUUAAUUCACCCCCUCUAAUUAAUCCAGUCCACCCUUUAAUUAAUCCAGCCCACCCUUUAAUUAAUUCACCACCCCUUUAAUUAAUUCACCCCCUCUAAUUAAUCCAGCCCACCCUUUAAUUAAUUCACCCCCUUUGAUUAAUCCACCCCCUCUUUAAUAAAUCCACCCCUCCUUUUAAUUAAUCCACCCCCCCCCCCUCUAAUUAAUCCACCCCCUCUAAUUAAUCCACCCCCCUUUAAUUAAUCCACCCCCUUUAAUUAAUCCACCCCCUCUUUAAUAAAUCCACCCCCCUUUAAUUAAUCCACCACCCCCUCUAAUUAAUCCACCCCUUUAAUUAAUUCACCCCCUCUAAUUAAUCCAGCCCACCCUUUAAUUAAUUCACCACCCAUUUAAUUAAUUCACCAACCCUUUAAUUAAUUCACCCCCUCUAAUUAAUACAGCCCACCCUUUAAUUAAUUCACCCCCUUUAAUUAAUUCACCCCCCUCUAAUUAAUCCAGCCCACCCUUUAAUUAAUUCACCACCCCUUUAAUUAAUUCACCACCCUCUAAUUAAUCCAGCCCACCCUUUAAUUAAUUCGCCACCCCUUUAAUUAAUUCACCACCCUCUAAUUAAUCCAGCCCACCAUUUAAUUAAUUCACCACCCCUUUAAUUAAUUCACCCCCCUCUAAUUAAUCCAGCCCACCCUUUAAUUAAUUCACCACCCCUUUAAUUAAUUCACCCCCUCUAAUUAAUCCAGCCCACCCUUUAAUUAAUUCACCACCCCUUUAAUUAAUUCACCCCCUCUAAUUAAUCCAGUCCACCCUUUAAUUAAUUCACCCCCUUUAAUUAAUCCAGCCCACCCUUUAAUUAAUUCACCACCCCUUUAAUUAAUUCACCCCCCUCUAAUUAAUCCAGCCCACCCUUUAAUUAAUUCACCACCCUUUAAUUAAUUCACCCCCUCUAAUUAAUCCAGUCCCCUUUAAUUAAUUCACCCCCCUUUAAUUAAUUCACCCCCCUGCCCCCUUUAAUUAAUUCAGUCCCAGACAUAAAAUAUCUACCGGUACUCACAUUUCAAAGAUUCCUUGCCGAGUCCGACCACUGGGUGCCUCACCGCCCGGAAAUGGAUCCUUCCGCUGAAGAUCCGUGAAGGCAGACUGACGGCGCUGCGAAAUGUCGUCAUCACGUUGCGUGAUGCCGCGGCCCGCAACGCUCCUCCUACAGUAGAAGAAGGAAGUCUCGCCGCAAAGGUGCAAUGCCUAGGUCUUAUUUUCGGGGUAGGGCUUAUAUUGCAGCCCACCCCGAAAAUCCGACUAGGGCUUAUUUUCGGGGUAGGGUUUAUUUUCGGGGAAACACGGUAGCAAUUCACACUCAGCUAUUUGGAUACUUUUUAUCGAAAAGUAUUGCUUCUCUGUGAAAUGCAUUCACGUUUGGUGGCAUCAUGCUGUGCACGAUGUCGCAAAAUGUGAAGUCUUUCAAUAAUUGAAAGUCUCCGUAGAGAAAGUUCCACCAAUCGGGACACAUUAAUGGCAAAAUUCCCUCAACAGCAUGUUUCACAUUGCCAAACAAAAGGGCCAGGGUCUAAAUUAAGAUGAUAUGGUUUUGUUGCUUAGAAUGUCCUUUUAAACAGGAGUAGUGGUCAGUUAAUGAAAAUAUGCUCCAUGAUUAGAAGUGGGGCAGUCUGUAUUUAAAUCUGAUCUCAUACUCUGAUAUAAUCUGAAUAUAGCAACCCAGGCAAUGUUACAGAUAUAUAGCGCUAUUCAUUAAUACAUGUGUAUGUUGUUAUAACAGGGAAGGGGCUGUUGUAUUCUGGAAUGUCGAAGAAAAAACUGUAAGUAAAGCUAUAAGCAAACGUUUUUAAGCAAGUAAAUGAAUAUGGCUUUUGAGAGUACGAAUAAUUGUUUUACAGCUUCUGAGAGUGAGAAAUAUAUUUAUGUGGAUGAGAGUGGAAGGGUUUAUGGUGCUGAAGAUGGCAUGGAUGUUACUGUGGAGAAAGAAUUUGGAAGUUGGCUUUAAAAAAAGAACAGAGACUAUAAAUCUUGGGAAUUAUAAAAUAUGGCGGCCUGGAAAGUAUGGCUAUAUAAAAGUUAAGUGAUCCGAAACAGCUAUGGAGGUAUUGCUAUUAAGUAUAUCAGCACAUACUUUUUAAAAACAUCAAAUGGUGUGUGUAUAUAUGUGAGAAAUGUAACCUGUACAAUAUGUUUUUAAUUAGAGUUUGUUCAUUCUUCAAGCUCAAGGGACACUCUAGGCACCAUAAUCACUAGAGUUGUCACUAAAACUGAAAUCAUAGAUGAACAUUUUGACUCUUACCUUGCCAUGUCGGGUGCAAGCCAUCCUUUUAGUUUGAGUUGGUUUGAUAAAACAGAAGUUAAGACGUCUGCAUUAUCAUACCAGUGUUAUAUGGUAUUUGUUGUGUGUCAGCUGACGGAUCUUAGUUACUGAAAAUUGUUUGCACCUAGUAUGAAUUGGUAUGAUAAUACGGAAGUAUGAAAUUACGCAUCUUCAGACCAACAUAGACCAGAAGUACCCAGCCACCCAAAAGAAAAAUUUAAGCUUUUUCAAACUGUUCAUAAAUAGUUUAACAGAUUACCGGUGGACUGUGUUGUAGUGGUUAUAGUGUAUAGAAUUUUUUUUUUAUUAAAAAUACUGCACUGAAAACACUAUAUAUUGUAUAAUUUGAGGCCAGCCUUCUAAUGCGGCAUCUUUCAUUAUUUGCAUCAUCUUUAUUAUGCGUGUUGGUACAGAUUGUGGUCUUUUUUUUUUUUAUAAGGAAAGAUAUCAUUGUUUAGGAUUUUUGCAUAAAUUGCACAUUAUGAUAGGAAUUUAGUGUAACAUUAAAGGGACACUAUAGUCACCAAAACAACUAUAGCUUUAUGAAGCAGUUUUGGUGUAUAGGUCAUGCCUCUGCAGUCUCACGGCUCAAUAUUCUACCAUUUAUUAAUUAAAUCACAUUGUUUAUGCAAUCCUAGUCACACCUCCCUGCAUGUGACUUACACAGCCUUCCUAAACACUUCCUGAAAAGUGAGAUCUAAACUGUACACUUCCUUUAUUGCAAAGUCUGUUUAAUUUAGAAUUUAUUAUCUCCUGCACUGCUAAUAACUUGCUAGACUUUGCAGGAGCCUCGUGUGUGAUGAUUAAAGUUAUAUUUACAGAGCAGGAGAUAAAAUUAGGAACACGUAAGGUAACAUCAGAUUGAAUAUGAAAUUGUUUUUUUUCAUGCAAGCUGUGCAACAACCAGGGGAGGUUUGACUAGUUCUGUAUUAACAGAAACAAACGUGAUUGAACUCUUAAAUGACAAUGAGACUUAACGGUUAUGAUCUAUACACAAAAACUGCUUCAUUAAGCUAAAGCUGUUUUCGUGAUUAUAGUGUCCCUUUACUCAUAAAGUAACCUGGCCAACAGGGUUUGCAUCUCUCUGCUGUAACAUUAUUUGUAAUGUCUCUUCUGGGUAACAUAAAGUGAAACAGUGGACUAAAAGUGACUAUAUAAUAUAUUACAAACAGAAUAAAAAGGAACAAAAGUAAUACUUCUAUGUUUCUUACUGUGCUUAAGUGUUAGUAGUAGGCAGGCUGACCCCCUCACUAGGUGUUAUGUCACAAGUGGUUUAAAUGUGGAGCACAACUGCAGAUUAUAAAUUUCCUUAUUUUUAUAAUAGAGAGUGAAAUGAGAUUCCUUUAAAUAAUAAGGUUACUGUAGCUUUAAGGCAGAGUGGCUUUUGCAGGUUGUUAGUUGAAGACAUAAAGCAUUAAUAAUUGUAAUAGUAUUUUAGUAGUAGCAGAUUUUAGCAAGCAGGUAACAGUUCAUUAGCAAGUAAGAACUCAGAGAUAGUAUUAAAUUGUAUAUUUAUGAUUGUUGGGAGUUGUCCUCCAAAGGAAGGUUAGUUUGAGUCUGCAGGAUGGUUAAACAUCUAACAGUCCGGUUUCCUGUAUUUAGGAAGAGAGCAGGUAAAUCCAAUACACGGUCUGUGGUCAGAGGGAGAUGAGAAGGCAGAAAUCCGUUUAGACAGUCCAAGGUUCGGUACACAGUAUUCACGGAGAAGAGCUUAGCCGGCAAUGUGAUUGCGGAAGUAACAACCAGAAAUCACUAAGCAAUUUUGAAUCUGGCGCGGUCUCUCUAUAAAGCUUGAGAGAGCCGCGUCAGAGAGGGGGCGGGGACAGUUCUGCAUACCGGAAAUGCUGGAACGGUGCCGAAAAGAUAAGUCCUGACACUAGGAAGAGAUGCCUCUCAUUCUGGUCAGUGGAGUCUGUCCUAAUCCCAUAAGAGACUUUCAAUGGAUUGUGACCUAAUCCUGCCAAGAAGGGGUCCUUGAGCACAGUCCAACUUGUGCAUGUUGUGUGCUCAUGCCAGACACAAUAACAACACAGGUAACUCAGAACCAGAUGUUCCAGGAGCCUGUUCAAUAAAUAUGAAUGGAUGUCAUAAGGUCCUCUUGAUUCUAAGAGUGGGUACAGGGUAUUCUCUACUGCACUAACUUUAAGAUAAUGUAAAGUUGUUAUUGUGCUUAGAUAGACCCUUUAAGUGCAGAAGACUGCUGAAAUCUAUUUACUACAGCUCACUAAUAAACACUAAGUAUGUAAAGAUUUGUCAAUUUUGAGACUUUGCAUAUUUUGACAUCUCUGAUUAAGGUCUGGUGGCCAUGGGGUGCAGGUUACUUCUUACGUGAAGUUGUCCCUCAUGGCCACCUCCAUCUUCUUCCAGGAGACCCUUUUCAGUUCCUGCCACAUCACCUGCCAGGAUCUGUGUCAGGGAUGUAUUUUCAUACAUAUGCAAUAGUGCAACACUGAGGUCUAUGGAGAAUUCCGCAGGAGCCUCCAUAGAUCACAUCAUGCGACAAGUGAGAUGAUGCCUGUACUGCUGCUGGGAUUGGACAAAAGUUGACCUCAGGCUUUACUAUAACACAAAGUAGUCCUAGUUUGUCUUAUGGUAUCUUUGGAUUGCAUAGUCAGUAUGACAGUUGUCCUUUUUAAUAGUGCUUUUUUUCCCCACCAGAUGAAACAUGUGAUGCAAAUUCUGGAGCGUCAUGAAAUACAACCAUAUGAGGUGGCGCUGGUUCACUGGGAGAAUGAAGAGAUUAAUUAUAGCUUUGGAGAGUAAGCAGCCUUUUCAUCUCGUUAAAACAGGUCACUGUGCGAUCAUUUUCAUCUUUGUUGGUUAGUUCAUACCGUGGUGUACUUGCAUUGCAUGAGACCACCACCUAAAGUUGCAUAUGCUAAUAGGUCACUGUGCGUGCAAGCACACACACACAUACACACACAUUUUCUCGCUCUCUUUAGAAUUUCCCCUGAAUAAUUCAAUAGCCCGUAAGCUUAUGCAUUUACCCCUAAGUACUAAAUAUAUCCAUCUUGCGGCUACACAUUACAGUGGCACUGUCAUUUGUAUUUUUUUCGGUUUUUCUUUCCUUAUGACCGUUGUUUCUUAAUAAUUAUACAUUCCGUCUUACAAGAUGAAUUUCUUUAUAUUAUAUAUUAUCUUUUCUUCCACUUGCUGGCUCUUAAUAUCUGAAUGUCGACAUUUUCUUUUCCUCUGUCAAUGAUGUCUGCUGUUUGCCUUGCUGUAGGAUUCUUUUGAUUGCUAAAUUAUCAAUAAAUUACCUUGGCAACUGAAAAGGAUCCUUGUUUAAAGGAACUCUGUAGGCACUGCUUCAUCUCAUUAAUGUGGUUAUAAUGUCUAGAGUCCCCCCUGACACCAUCUUUCCAACCAGUGUUAAAUAGUUUUUGAUGUUUUAAAAGGACACUCUAAGCAUGUUAACAACUUUAACUCAAUAAUGUGGUUGUGUGUAUAGAUCAUACCCAUUCAGUCUAGCUGCUCAGUUCUCUGCCAUUUAGGAGUCUAAAUGGCACUGACUUCCCCCACCCUUCCUGAAAAAUUAGUAUUUCAUAAAGAUAGAGUCUUUCUAAAAUACUAAUGUGACUGUGUUGGAAUUUUACUGAAAUUCCACCCUAGUCAAGAGAUAUACUGUACAUUCCCUACACUUGAAACCUCUAGACAUUGGACAGAGCUCCCCAGCCAUCACCAAUGAUGGGUGAAGGGAAUUGGCACUAUGUAUGGAGGAUCCCAUAUCCCAUGUAUUGGAUCCCGGGAGCUGAGGAGAACCCGCGAGAGAACCAUGAGUGCACCUAUGAGACACAGGUUCAGGCAAAUAGAACUCACCUUUACAUUCCAGCACCAAGCGUUAUUGUCACUGUUGGGGAUGCAAAUUCUGCAAAGUCCCGAGACAGUGACCGUGAUGUUUUACAUAACUUUUAUGCAGCCUUAGUGAGCUCAUUUGGGCAGGUUCCUCUUCACCUUCGGGUCCUGUAUGUCAUACAUGUUUUGUUAAAAUUAAAUGUUUGUCUUGUUUUUUUAUUGUACAGCUCUGUGAAAUAUGUUGGCACACUGUAAAACAUUUGAAUUGCUCCUCAAUGAGACUUACACAACCUCCCUACACACUUCCUAAACACUUCCUGAAAAUGAAUCAAUUUAUUUUAGCUUCCCUUGUUACACAGUGUGUUUAAUUCAAUUUAGAAUUUCUUCUGUCCUAUUCUCUUAAUAGCCUGAGCUCACAAUGGCCUUACAUGCAUGAGCAAAAUCCAUUAAACACACUGCACUGUAAGAUCUGAUUGAAAAUGAAACCAUUUUACUUUGCUGGCCACGUGAGUCACAGCCAGGGAAGUUGUGGCCUGGGCUGGAUAAAUAGAAAUAAAAGUGAUAUUAAAGGGACACUAUGGUCACCAGAACAACUACAGCUUAUUGCAUUAGUUCUGGUGAGUAUAAUCAUUCCCUUCAGACUUUUUGCAGUAAACACGGUAUUUUCAGAGAAAAUGCAGUGUUUACAUUGCAGCCUAGUGAUACCUCCAGUGGCCACUCCUCAGACAGCUACUAGAGGUGCUUCCUGGGGCAGUGCGGCAAAGUGUGGAGCACUGCCAUUCAGUGUUUCCACUCUCUGCAUGCAGACACUGACCUUUCCUCAUAGAAAUGCAUUGAAUCAAUUCAUCUCUAUGAGGAGAAGCUGAUUGGCCAGGACUGUGUUUGACUUGUGCUGGCUCUGCCCCUGAUCUGCCGCCUCCUUGACAGUCUCAGCCAAUCCUAUGGGGAAGCAUUGUGAUUGGCUCAGAUUACCGCUUCUGAUGAUGUCAGCAGACACAGGCAGUUUCAGAGGCAAACAGGGGCAGAAGUAGCAGCUGCAAACUUGAAGACAAGUAACAUUUUACAAUAUUUAGGGUGGCAAGAGGGAGUCAGGGGGGCUAGAUGAUGGUUUUAACACUAUAGGGUCAGGAAUACAUGUUUGUGUUCCUGACCAUACAGUGCUCCUUUAACUCCUGAAAGGCAGAGAAUUGAGCAGUGACUACAGAGGGCAUGAUCUACAUACUAAAACUGCUUCAUAACUGCUUCAUAAACCACAGUUGUUGUGUAAGGUGUACCUUUGAUGCUAAAUGUGAGCUCCCCACAACCUAUCCCCUAUGUGCUGCUUGGACUAAUAAGCAAGCAUUGACUGGCCACAUUCAGCCUAUCACAGUACUCAUUGCAGGUAUGAAUUGGUAUGGCUAGAAGGAAGUGUGUAAUCCCUUCCUUAUCCAUAUUUCCAGUGAAUGCCUAGUUGUGUGCUGCCAGGGACCCUUAAUUAGUGUCAAACUGCUUGAAAAUGGUUUAACAAUUAAUGUAUUGACAGCACCAGGGGAUCACAGACAUCGUAAAUAAUUCAAAAAAAUUUUUAAUCCCUCGCUGCGCACAUGAAACAUUAGCGCCCAGCCUCGGCCCCCCAGGAUAAGAGGCAAAAAGCCGCCCCCCUGAAAGUGCCACCCAAGGCAAAUGCCUGUCAGCCUUGCACUAGAUACAGCGCUCGUGGUGUGUCACUGACAUUAUUUUUGACCAUUGCAAUUCGGUCAAGAUCACUCUCAGUUCUUCCUCACAUUUAGAGAUGUAUGGGGGUAAGUGGGGACUUGUUGCUGAAAGCAGCAUUUGGUAUAGCAUAGAGACACCCCUGGCUAUGGACUUGCUGCGUAAGCAAAGAUCCUCGAACUGUGUUGGGGUUCUACUGAGAUUCUGCUUUGGGUUUAUCGAUUGGACAAAAAGCUGUAGUUGGUGGUAUUGAAAUUUUUCUAAGAACGAUAAUGCCCCAACCUUUCUUUAUGCAUAAAAAACUAAGGUGCCUUUCAAAAAAUAAGAGGGAAUAGAUGGGCAAAAAAAAAACAACCCAAAACCCUGCAACGUAACAGUGCCACUUAAAAACUCUGUGCAUGCCCAGGGGAGCGGCUAUUUGUAUAGAUACAAAUAUUCCUACCAACAUAAAAGGAACACAAUUACUUUAUAUGCAGGAGAAAAAUACAGGACCAUGUUUGUAAGUAUUGUGGAAAGUACCAGGCCCAAGACAACUAGAGCUCUAAAGUAAGAUCCAAUACAACUAGAGCUCUAAAGUAAGAUCAAUGUCAAUCUAGUAUUAAUAGUAUUAAUAUUGCUUAAAAAAAACUAAUAUUAAUAUUUAAACUUUUUUGAGCAAUAUUGCCUUACAAUUUCUAUAAAAUGUAAAAAAUAUAUUAUUUUUUUCCCAAACAUGUCUUGCAGGGGUCACUCGAAGUUGGUGAAUGGUGAAAUUCUGCUGAGUUCCCUCUUAGAAGCAGAUAAUGCAAUCUUAGAGAAGUUUGCAUUUUCCAAUGCACUUUGUCUUUCUGGUGAGUAUCAUUUGGAAGCUUGAAAGAGCUAAAUUGUUAGCAAAUCUAAUGAAUAGCAAGGGGUUGAUUUACUAAAUUCUGAAUUAUAACGAAUUUAAUUUAAAAAAAAAAAAAGACAAAACUGAGGCUACAAUAGUCAAGCUGUGUCUAUAGCAGAAUUGGUGACUUUUUUUUGCAGCUCAGCUAUUGUAGUAUAAAUGUUGCCAAUCGGACGCCAUCUCUCUAAAAUUCAGAUUUUUAUUGAAGAGACUCCUAAAUGUUUUGCUGCAAAUAGAUGUGUAACUAAUGAGAUCUCACAUUCAUAAUGUAUUUUGUGUGCAAAUAAUGUAAUGAAAGGGAAUAUGUAUCUCUAUAAGGAUGGCAUCAAGAUGUAAAUAAAAUAAAACCUAUUUGAUGGGUGUAGCUCAGUAAAAAUACUGUUAAAUGUAAUUCGAUGCUUAUAAUUAAAAUAACUAAAUGAUCAUGUCUUAUAUGAUGUAAUGGGUUUAUUUUGUUUUGGCAGUGAAACUGGCCAUCUGGGAGGCUACCCUUGACACCUUUGUUGAGUCAAUUCAAUCAAUACCCGAGGCAAGUCUAUACUGCCCUUUUAACUGAACCUUUCUCUGUCUUGUUCUGUUCUCCUGACUUCAUUAAUUCUCCCUUACACCCCUCUCACAUUUUCUCUUUAUAAUCCAUAACUAUUCUCCUCCACUCUUUCUCUCCUGCAUUUAGUACGUGUUUGUGAAAUUAACACAGGUGUUUUUUUUCACAAACCUUAUUAAAUUCUCAUGAGCCAAUACUAGCUCAUUUUAAUGUCUGUUUGUAUAUAUCUAGGCUUAAUGCUCUCUGAUAUGAAGAAUUUCAAAUGAAUUCCAUCUCUACAUUUAACAGAUGUUAAAAGCAAGAAAAAAGAUUAAUCUAUCGCAUGAGGAUGUAAUGCAGAAAAUCGGGGAAUUAUUUGCAUUAAGGUGAAACAUUUUAUCUUUUAUUUUAACUUUCAUGUUACAAUAUUGAACAUAUUUAUGUCAAUCCUCAUGCCUGUCCAAGCGUUUGUAAAUGGUAGAACAUUGUUUUUUCUGCCAAUAUAUCCAAGACCGGGAAAGUGGCAUAAAGUGGAAGGACCAGAAUUUCCAUUGAGUUUCUCCCAUUUCUACAUGUUGUCUAUAGUGUAUGUGUUAGAACCAUUGUGUUUAUACAUCAUGCAGUAAGUUGUAAACUGAAUGAUGACAGCUCAGCUACAAUAGUCAUGUUGGAAAAGAACCGAGCUAGAGAUUUUUUUUAUUUAUUUAUUUUAGCUAUUUUAAUCUAAAUUUUACAAUUUGGUUUUCAGUGUGUUUCAUUUUACUGCUUGGUGACAAACAUCCUUGGUAGCAUUACAAUAGAAUCAGUUUAGGGUGCUCUUGAUCUGUAGGUCUCACACUAGGACUAGGUGAUGGGUGUAAAGUCACCUGAGACAGAUUCAUCAUCUUAAAAGGGACCCUCCGGGCACCAAUACAGCUUAAUUUAGUUGACAGGCUGUGGCCUCAAUAAAAUGCUAUUUUUUAUUUAUUUUUUGUAAAUAUCUUUUAAUUAAAGGGACACUAUAGUCACCUGAACAACUUUAGCUUAAUGAGGUUGUUCAGGUGAGAACUAUAGCUCCCUGCAGCCUUUCUCACGUAAACACUGUAUUUUCUGAAAAAAUACAGUGUUUACAUUGAAAGCUAGGAACACCUCCAGUUGCAGUCACUCAGAGUGAACCAGAGGGACUUCUUAGUUGAUGGAGGCAUAAUAUGCCUCCAUCCACUCAGAUCUGCUGUGCACGAGCAUCCUGUGAUUCAUUAUCUCUUCCCACUGCAUGCAGACAAUGAACUUUCCUCAUAGAGAUUCAUUGAUUCAAUGUAUCUCUAUGAGGAGAUGCUGAUUGUCCAGGGCUGUGUUUGAAUCAUGCUGGCUGUGCCCCUGAUCUGCCUCCUUGUCAGCCUCAGCCAAUCCUAUGGGGAAGCACUGCGAUUGGAUCAGGCUAUUGCAUGUCAGCAGACUGCUUGUUUUUCCUGAGUCUAACAACAUGCAGAUUUACAGCUUCUGGCUUGAAUACAGUAAGAUUUUUACUAUAUUUAUGGAGGGAUGAUGGGCCCAGGGGGGCUAGAUGGUGGUGUUAAUACUAUAGGGUCAGGAAUACAUGUAGUUGCACUGGUGACUAUAGUGUCCCUUUAAGUUUUCAUUUUUAGAAGAGAAAUAUAACAGUGAGUCUCGCAGGUCUCCCAUAUCUUCAGUAUAUUAGUUUGGAAUGAGAUACAAAAGUUUUAUUGCAGAGACGCGCAGGUCCCUAUUUUCAAGUAUAAGAUGGAUUCAUAGGUCCCAGAAUAGUAAACAUAAAACUGUGAACAUCUUUAUAUAUAGGUUCCCUGGUCCCCCAUUGUCGCUUAUAUUACCAUACUGGUUCCCUUUGCUUGGCCUAAUAAGCUCAGUUUUUGUCUUUAUCUUCCUUCCCCCUUGUAAAUUUCUGGUUAUUAGAAUUAGCUUCCUCCCCCUCCCCACCAAUAUAUGUAUAGUUAAGCACAUUCAGCAAAAGUGUGGAACAUAGCAGUACAUGCAGGCAGGGGCGUACCUAGAGCAUUUGGCACCCGGGAGGAUCCUAUGUUUGGCACCCCCUCCAAACAAAUUAAAUAAAUCACCUGCAAUUUUUUUUUCAUUUUUCCUUUUUUUAAAUAUAUAUUGCACACAUUUAUAAACUUUGUAAAACCCCUGUCAGUUCCUUCUACAAAUCCCCUAUCCUGCCCCUCUCUUACAAAACCCCCGUCCUGCCCCCUUCUACAAACUCCUGUACUAUCCCCUUCUACAAAACCCCUGCCCAGCCUCCCUUAUAGAAGACCCCUAUCCCAAUACAAAACCCCUGCACCCUUCUACAAAAUCCCUGCACCCCACACACACCGUUACAGGCAGACAGUCCCACACAGUUACAGACAGACAGUCACACGCACACAGUCAAAUGCAGACAGUCACGCACACAGUCAUAACCAGACAGUCACUCAUACACACACUUAAAGUCACAUACACACAGUUACAGGCAGCAUCACACAGUCACACGCACACAGUCACAGACUGUCACACACACGGUUACAGGCAACAUCACAUAGUUAUAGGCAGACAGUUGCACACACAGUCAGUUACAGGUAGUCACACACAGACGUAGCCAGACAGUCAUGCACACAGUUACAGGCAGACAGUCACAUAUACAGACACGCAGUUACAGUCAGCAUCACACAGUCACAAGCAGACAGGUCGUCGCAGUCACACACACACACACUGUUACAGGCAGGCAGACAGUCUCACACACACACACACAUAGCCACAGGCAGUCAUAAAAAACACACACACAGUUACAUGCAGGUAGACAGACAGACACACGCGCACACACACACACACACACUCUUACUUACAGACAGUAUGGGCUAGAGGAGCAGAAUCACUGAAGUCCUUCCCUGGAGCCUGUUAGUUGGAGAAGCAGGGAUUCCUUCUUGCUUCACCUCCAUGUGCAGCAGUAACAGCAGCGGGUAAGUGCUGUGUUAAGCCCCACCCCCGAUGACAGUUUGGCUCUGCCCCCAGACUUUUAUUAGCUCCGCCCCACUUUCCUUCCGUGUGGCCAGUUCAGCUGGUACUUGCUGGUCUCUGCGUGUGUGAGCUGUGCCGGCCGCCUGGCACCCCAGUUGCCAUGGGGCACUGUGCGGCCCCACAGCUCACACAUCCUCCUCCAGCACCCGGACCAGGUUUAUGGCACCCCCCUACCUGGUGGCACCCACGGCGGACCGACCCCCGACCCCCUUAGUAUGACGCAGGAUGAAAAAAACUUAUCGAAAAGAUGGGAUACGCUUAUUCCUAGGGAUAGACAGUGAGACUCGCAGGUCUCCAUUGCAAUAUCAAAACAAUAAGCCAUAUGGUGCAGUAGGUGUGAGUCCCCUGUGAGGGUUGCUGUUAUUUUUGUACAUGCUCAAAAUAAUUUUUUUCAUGAAAAAAACUAUUUUUUGCAGAAUGCUGCAAUCAUAAGCCUGCCUGCUUUGCCAAACCUCCUCACUCAAGACAAAUACUUCCUUAUUUAAGGUAUAUACAUAGCUCAGACAUUAAAAGUUACUACACAGAGUGCUCUAAACUGCAUAGCAGCAUGCAUUAGAAGGAGAAUAGGAGAGGACACCAUGGAAGACAUAUAGUAAGGAUAUCACUUGUAGUGUGUUUGACUGUCUGUAGCCAGGUUGAGAAUUAAAAAAAGAGAUCACUUGUAUAGAAAUACAGAAAUUAAUAAGGUCAAACCCUAUCAAACGAAUAUGAUGUUUGCCCAAUGAAUGCCCAAUCUCUAAAUCUCUAUUCAUAGGGCUCAAAGAACUUUGCCCAAUGCUUUAUUUAUUUAUUUUGUUUCACAAAAAAAACCAAAAAACAGAGAGAGCAUGUACAGAAAGAAAUCGACCAUGAGUGUCUUCUCUUUCAGACAUCGUAUAAAUUUGAGUUCAGACCUUCUUAUCACGCCUGACUUCUACUGGGACAGAGAGAGCCUGGAACAUCUUUAUGAUAAGACUUACCAGUUUCUCAGCAUCAACCGCAGGGUCAAGGUGUGUGUGCUCCCCAAGAAAAAAAAUAUUUCAUGGGGGAAUUUUGCACUUUAAAAAUCAGUAUUUGCCAGUAUUAUAUUGCAUGUAUAUCGGUAUCCGUAACUUGUGUGUGAUAGGAAGGAUUCUUGUCUUUUUGAGUUAAGCCAGUAGCAUUUUUGUUGGUUUUAUAUUAUGGCUUUCCAUAAUGUUAUUUUAUAAAGUUCUUUAAAAGGACACUAUAGUCACCAAAACAACUUUAGCUUAAUGAAGCAGUUUUGGUGUAUAGAACAUGCCCCUGCAGCCUCACUGCUCAAUUCUCUGCCAUUUUGGAGUUAAAUCACUUUGUUUAUGAACCCUAAUCACAUCUCCCUGCAUGUGACUUCCACAGCCUUCCUAAACUCUUAAUGUAAAGAGUGAUCUAAAGUUGAUCCUUUCUUUAUUGAAAGUUAUGUUUAAUUUAGAUUGUCUUAUCCCCUGCUAUGUUAAUAGCUUGCUAGACCCUGUAAGAGUCUCCCGUAUGUGAUUAAAGUUCAAUUUACAGAGCAGGAGAUAAAAAUUGUAAGGUAAAUUACAUCUGAUUGAAAGUGAAACCAGCGUUUUCAUGCAGUCUGUGUCAAUCAUAGCAAGGGGAGGUGUGGCAAGGGUUGCAUAAACAGAAACAAAGUGAUUUAACUCCUAAAUGGCAGUGAAUUGAGCAGUACAGCCUGAGAUGCAUUAUCUAUACACUAAAACUGCUUCAUUAAGCUUAAAUUGUUUAGGUGACUAUAGUGUUCCUUUAAUGCUUGCACACGGGAUAAACAUGCUAUACAAGCACAAGAAUAUUAACAUUUUCCAUUAAUUAACUUAUUUUAUGUUCCAGGUAAUCAAUGAAAAAUUGCAACAUUGUACAGAACUGACAGACUUAAUGCGUAAUCAUCUAAGUGAGAAGCGUGGAUUACGAUUGGAAUGGAUGAUUGUUAUACUUAUUACUAUCGAGGUAACGUAUGUCAACAGGCUUGACUGUUUAUUAUCGAAAGGCACUUCACCUUUUGCUUGGCAGUAGAGAGUCAAAGAUCAGUUUGUGUUAGUGUAGAUUAUGUGGUUAGUUAUAUGUCUAGUUUUGUUUGUCCCUCCCUCCCUUCCUUCCCCCUCCUCCCACUCCUCCCCCUCCCCAGAUUUCCAAUGUUAUGAUAUAAUUAUAUUUACUGUGGCAGUGUGAGGGAACACCGCUAUAUUAGCACCAGAAUGGCACUUUCAGUGUUCCCUGACUAGAGGGGGUUUAAAAUCAGGCUGCUCUAGAACACUAAUUAGGGAGCUACAUAAACCCUAUGCAGGGGGAAUCAGAUGGGGCAGAAACUGUGAGGCUGAGAGGCAAAGAGACUAAGAGACUGCUUAACCAGUAUAGCAACAAAAGGUAUUUUGCAAGCCUUUUGUUUUGUUAAACCACUGGGGUCUGCUUAGCGACCCAGUAGCAUAGAGAGGGUACUCUAUUUUAGUUAUUCUCCAGAGCAGAGUACGAUUUUUUGUUCAAUGUUUUGUUGUGGCUAAAGUAAGGCCCUGCUUGCUAUAUAAAGCUUCCCUCAUAUUGGAAGAAAGAACGGCAGCCUGCUAAACGUGGUGUCAGAAUUGGGAUUCCUUGAAGCUCUGGCGGAGUUCAUCGGGACCCAAACUUCCACAUCCAGAUGGCAGCGGUUGAUCUGACCCCCAGGUCUUUGUGUGUUGGGGUACCUUCAACUUACUUUUUUUGGCUUAGUACUGUUACAGCUAUAUCGCGUUCCACUAUUGUCACUGUGAAGAAACUACAUAUUUUGGUUCCCAUUCUUUAUUUUCUUUGGUUCGGUAUAUUAAUCUACCUAACACCGACCACUCCCUGGCUCAUUAAGUUCGGUAGGUUUGUUCGCACGAACCCGGUAAACAAAUGCUACCAAUGAGCCAGGGGAACCGUUCGUGGAUUUGUUUGGUUUGGGACUCCCGAAAUUGUCCAACCGCUACCCUUGAAACUGUGGAACUAUUUUAGGCAAGCACCUCAAGAGCGGUUGGUCAAAUCUUUACCCCGAUUUCUAUUCGUGGGAUCUGAACGCUAUUUGGAUAACUUGGGCGCUCAGAUCCAGGCUAUCCGGGGAUAUGACAUUUAUGGGGGUCCCUAUAAUAUUUAUGUGAAUUAUGUACUUUUUAUAUUUUGUAUUUUAUGUGGAGUCAUUGUGAAUCAGUAAUUUAAGGGGCGUGUUGUGGGAGCUUCUGUGGGUGUGUAUAAUGUGCCCUUGACUUGCAUAAAAGCUGGCCAUCUGGCCUGAUUAAAACAUUCCUGUUGUACCCUUCAUCUAGUCUAGGCUGAUGUUUGGGUAUGCAUCUGAAUACCCAUUAGAUUUAUAUGUAUGCUGUAUUUUCCUCUGGAGAACGUACGAAUAGACACCCAAAAUGCGAGCUAUAAUUACAACGUAGCUAGCCGUUCGGGAGGAAGUGAACGAAUGGGUAAACGAACAAUAGAUGGAUCAGCGCUUAGUGGCCAACUAGAAAAUAUUUACGAGAUGGGCAAGGAGAAGAAUGGUAUACAAUCGGAUAGAUGUUAGGUUGCACAACAAUUAUUUUUUUUUUCAAAUAUAAAAAUUAUAAAAAUUGUACUUGCAGUAAGAAGCCAAACAGAUUAGUUAUAGUCCAAAAUGAUAAAUAAUAAGUCCAGUAUUUGAGAUACUGGUCUAGAUCUGUAUCGUGAAGGUCUUGAUAUAGUGCUGUCUCUGUUGAUCCGAUUAGGACAUAAAAAGAAAAAUAACUCAAAUGGUGAAGUAUGUCACAGGUACGUUAGGAAGUGUGGAAUAUGAUAUAAUCACACUAACCUAUUUUUGAGCUCAGGUAUGAUUGGCAUUCAGUAGCGUUGAUUCCCCCCACUGGUAGGAUAUAGGUGAUGGUAUAUUUAGGUUGAUUCCUCAGGGUAGAGAUGUACCGGUAAGGUAAAGACAUAGGGCAGAAAUAGUGCUCUUUGUGUAAAAACUUAUUUUUCUUUUAAAUAUAAUAAAAGGUAGUACUGCUCACUUAUAUAGGCGUAGGUGGUAUAAUCCCCACCUGGGAUUCUUUAGUAAGUACAUCUGUGUGGAUUCUUGGAGACCAGGUUAAAAUAAAAUAAAAAAUUAUUGGUAAAAAAAAAAUAAAAAAAUAAAAAAAAGAAAUAUGGCACAGGAAUGGUAAGAAGGCCAAUAUUACUUUAUUAAUACAAACUGAAAUUAUAAAAAUAGCCAAAAUGCAUUUCGCCAACACAGGGCUUUUUCAAAUGGCAUUAAAAACAUGAACCUGGUACAUAAGGGUAUAUAUAGGCAAUGCAAUCAAUUACACAUUGAAUCUUGGAGCCAUAGUGACGUCAUCUGCAUAAAACACAGAAUUGUGAUAUGCAUUACAAAACAAAUGAAAUUGAUAAAAAUAACUUAAAAUAAAAUAAAAAAUAACUAUUAUAACUAAUUAUGCUGGGAUAUCCCUGAAGGAAGCGGUUACCACUGUCUAUUAAGAUAAGUGUUUGUUUUCACCACCCACUUAUUUUGUCUGCUGUGAGUGACCAUACCUGUUUUCUUUGUACAUAAAAAUAACUAUUUAUUAAAAAAGAUGUUUGUAGGUUAAAAAUAAAGUUUAGAAUUGUAUGUACAUGGUUUUGUAGUUAUUCUCGGUUCGACCACGUGAUACGCAUGGAUAUUGACGUAUUGCGUCAUGUGAACGGCAGCAUGGUUUGGAAGUGGUGGCUCAAUAAUAGAGAGCACAAAGCAUGAAACACAAAAUAGUGGAAUAACUUACAAAACACAUUAAAUGGAUUGAGAUAACAAUAUUUUUUGGAAAUACUUCUAAAAAGUAUGUUUGUGAAUUAAAAACAAAGAUUGUGUGUACUUUGUAUUGUUAAUUUGCUCGGUCCGACCACGUGACACGCAUGGAUAGUGAUGUAUUUGGUCACGUGGUCGGCCGCAAUUCCUUAUGGGAGUUGAGUGCCCAGCAUGGUUUGAAGGUUGUGGCUCCAUAGUAAAAAAAAAUGGAGGAGGCAGGUCGUGGGACAUGCUUGUGUUUGUACACAUCCCAUGACUAGGAUUUCGAGACAUGUAGUUUAUAGUGCCAUAUACACCUGAAAGUUAUAUUAUUAAUAGGACCCACUCACACUAAUAGGAGGGGAUAGCAAGAUAUUACCAUGGGGGUUAUGUAUAUAUAAAGGAAAAAUGUUUCUCUAAAACACACGUAAGGAUAGGUGGCGUGGCCUACCUUAUUCUGAUCGAUAAGGCAGAUCCUGACGACAUCUUGAAAGGGGAACAGGUGAGGUAGAUGGCAAAAGGAAGACAUCUUAGUAGAGGACAGAAAUAACAGCCCAUUUUUAAUAUAGCAUAUUACUAGAGAAAAAUCUUAAUGGAUAUAAAGAAUAUUAAUGAUCAAAGGAGUGUAGUAGGAGUGUAGCAGUACAAAUAACAAUAAAAAUGCAGGAAAAAAUAAAAAAUGAAUAAUAAAAUGUAAGAAUAGAAUAUAAAAUUUAAAUUAAAUAUAUAUUUUUUUAAAUCACAGAAAAUUUUAAAAGAUCGAAUUCUGCAUUGAGACCAUCUGGAGAGAGAGUUUUUAGCUGUUAGACCAACAUAAUUUCUUUUUUGCCUAAGAUUUUUCUUAUGUCUCCACCUCUCCAGAGGAUAUCACAUUUUUCAAUUCCAAUACUUUUUAGUAAUCUAAGAUUUUUUUUGUGUAUAAUAAAAUGUUUGGACACUGAAUGAUUUUCGUAUCCUUUGAUAAUGUUGCGACAAUACUCUGCUAGUCUAAUCUUCAAGCAUCUUGUAGUCAUACCAAUAUAUUGAAAUCCGCAUGGGUACUCCAACAUAUAUAUUACAUUUUUAGUAUACCAGCGUUCGUUACAGUCACCAUCUCAUCGUAGGUGGUAGGAUUGCCCUGUCCUUCCUAUUAGAGUAAUCCAAGUGAUGAAACUCUUAAGAAAUUUGUCCAGAACCAGGGUCCCAAUUAUCUGUGCUGUGGUUAGCCAUUUAUUUGCCAGAUGCAUUAAGUCAAACAGUUGGGUUCUUAGGGCCUUUUGAUCUUGAUAUGUCCCACUGUAAUAUCCUUGGGCCCUGACUGCAGGUGUCUGGCUAGAAUCUCAGUUUAAGGCAGUCAUAGUUAGCGGCAGGCUCUUCCUCCAGAUCAACUUGUGCUUUUUGGGCCUCUACCAGCUUCCACAUCAUCAUGGGGAGUCAUCUUUUAUAUAUACUGGUUUGCCUGGAGAGACUUUGAGACACCUCUGGGCUCUUCUUUGUCAGGUUUUGAGAGACUGUGUACUAUUAUCUCUUUAAAUAUACUAUGGUUAGCAAGUUGUCCCUCUACCACUGCAGUAAGUUGUGCUGUCAGCAAGCGGUUGCUUUCUUACAGGAUUUGACUGGUCUCUUGCUGCACAGCACUAACUUGUAAUAAGCCUUUUAAAACCUCCUAACCCUCUGCAUAGGGUUUAUGUAGCUCCCUAAUAAGUGUUCUAGAGCAGCCUGAUUUCUAAACCCCUCUAGUCAGGGAACACUGAAAGUGCCAUUUUGGUGCUCAUAUAGCAGUGUUCCCUCACACUUCCACAGUACAUGUCUGCAUAUUGUAUACCUGUAGCUUGCUAUUGCCUGCCUAUAGCUGACUCUGGUAUUCGCUGUAAUGUUUUCUAGAUAAAAGGGUCACUUUAUUAUAAACUCUUUCUGUGUUUUAAUAUAUACUUUUUACUCAUUUCAGGUCAUGUUUGAACUUGCAAGAGUCAUUUUUUGAAUCUCGAUUUCUAAUUUUGCAAUCCAUUAAAACCAAAAAAAGCAUCUUAUACUGAAGAUCUGAUAUUUAGUUUUGCUGUUUAGAAACCAGGUUUAAUACAAAUCUUUUAAUAAUAAAACACAUAAAGUAUUUUACAUUAAGUCAAAAUGAAAAAUUUUAGCUUGCCAAUACCUCAACUGAUGACCAUUUUUAAUUUUAUGAUACUGUAAGUAGGAAAUACCUAAUGAGAAAUUUGAAAAAGCAUUUAAAGGGACACUCCGGUCACCAUAACAACUUAAUCUAAAUUAAGUUGUUACGGUGCAACGAGACCCCAGGGCACACUCUUACCUAAGGGGUUAAGCCGUUCUUGAACGGUUUAACUCCAAAAAGUUGCAUCCGGUGCCAAUCUCCAGGUCCCCCCAGGUGGCAUUUGGCUUUUGAAUCUCAGUUACAGGAAGUGCGGAGUGCCACUGAACAAGGCACCACUGAUUGGAAAGAGGGGUUAGCUGAGAUUCAGAAGCCGGAUGUCACCUGGGGGACCUGGAGAUUGGUGCUGGAGCCAAAUAACUGGAUUCAUUUGUUUUAGAACGAUUUAACACCUUAAGGUAAGAGUGCACCCGGGGCCCUCCUGGUACCAUAAAACGUCAUUUAGAUUAAGUUGUUAUGACGAUUGAAGUGUUCCUUUAAGUAUAUUAAAUAAGAUUGUUUUGUUAUGCUUGUUUUGUGUUUAUGUGGAUUUCAAUCUGUAAAUAUGUGAUUAUCUUGUCUGUGUGUUCUAUCUGCUGGUUAGAGCAGUGGUAACAUUGAAAAACUCAUGUUUGAAUCCCGGUCAGACCACCUUACAAGAAAGUGUCCUUGGGUAAGACACGAAAUUAUGUAUAUCUGCCUACCUCAAAAUCCUCAUAGUUUGUAAGCUUGUUUGAGCAGGGCCUUCCUUACCUCUACCCUUUUAUAAUUAUUGGUGCUAUAUAAAUGCUAAGUGAGCAACAAAGACCAAAAGUUGUCCACUCCCCGCAAAACAUUAUUACAGACAUGAAUUAAUCCCAUCUGUGUUUGUACAUUCCUGUCAUGAGAAUGCACAAGAGUAGUGUUGGUCACAGGAAGGUGACUGAAAUAAAUAAUGAAUGUAGAUAUUGUGGAUACUGUCUACAAGUUGCUUUACUUCCAAAGUGAUACAAUGUACAGAUUAACGGUAUGAUUUUAUGAGGGCUAUUGCAUUGGUAGAUUUAGCAGAUCAACAAGUAAUCACAUAAACCUCCUAGUAUAUUAUUUCAUAAAAAUAUGAAAUCUAACGUAAAAAUUCUAUCAUGCCAAUCCACCUCUGUCUCAAAACUGCUGCUAUCUUAUAUAAUUUUAUAUUGUUCCUUUAGUAAAUUAACCACUCAUCAUGAAUCACAUAUUUUCGUUCCUACACUUAAAAGGACCACUAUAGGCACCCAGACCACUUCAGCUCAAUGAAGUGGUCUGGGUGCCAGGUCCAUCUAGGAUUAACCCUGCCUGCUGUAAACAUAGCAGUUUCAAGAAAAAAAAAAAAAAAGCUAUGUUUACUUUAGGGUUAAUCCAGCCUCUAGUGGCUGUCUCAUUGACAGCCGCUAGAGGCGCUUCCGCGCUUCUCACUGUGAUUUUCACAGUGAGAAGACGCCAGAGUCCAUAGGAAAGCAUUGAGAAUGGACUGGCUGAAUGCGCACGCAGCUCUUGCCGCGCAUUCUGCUGAUGACAGAAGAGGGAGGAGAGUCCCCAGCGCCGAGGGAUCCUGGUGCUGGAGAAAGGUGAAUGUUUAACCCCCUUCCUCCCCUUCAGCCCGGCGGGAGUGGGACCCUGAGGGUGGGGGCACCCUCAGGGCACUAUAAUGCCAGGAAGACACUAUAGUCACUCAGACCAUUUAAUCAUAAUGAAGUGGUCUGAGCACAAUAUCUCUGUCCUUUUAAUACUGCAAUGUAAAACUUUGCAUUUUUUUAAUAAGCUCUAUUGUAGGGUUAAAAGGGACACUCAACUGCCAAAAUGGGCAAAAAAGUAUAAAUCACUGUUCAGUAGAUAUAAUUACAAUGAAUACAUGAAUAAGUUGUUCAUAGAUGUAUUCAUUGAGGGUAUACUGUAAAAGAGUUUACAAAAGCCUUAACAAGCCCUCCCCUUUUUCCUCAGAAGAGACUAACGGUCUCUUCAUAAGGAAAUAGUCUGUCAUUGAGAAGCCCCUGAAGCUCUCCUGCUGUGCACACGUGGGCGGCUGAUUGUGCACGUCAGCUUGUGCACUGCACUGAACUCUGAGCUGGGGUCUGAGAAAGGGGUAUGUAGGAGGACGCAGACACGCUCAAGUAGAGAAUGCCUGCCCAUUCUCUUAGCUCAAUCAGACAGGUGUUGGGGGGCAUGGGGGGAAUCAAUAAUUUCUCAUAGAAAUUUGCACUUUUCUGAACUGGGGUUAACAUGGCAUACUUUAUUCCCAUAAUGCACUUCAACAACCUGAAGUGCUUUAGGGGGGGGAGAGUAUCCUAUUAGUUUAUAAAAGUGCUGAUUUCUAUGAGAAAUCACAACUUUCAUAAGUUGAAGUGGUUUAUGGGUAUUGAGUGGUGCUUUUAGUUCACCUAUAGUGGCUGUCAGUAUGACAGCCACUAUAAGCGCUUGCGCAACACUGAUGCAAUGCAUAUGGGGAAGUUUGAAUUUGUUUGCCGCGGUCUCUGCGUAUGCUCAUUAGGCCCAAAUGCUCCUCUAUGAUGAGUAUUGGAUUGGACAUCGGUGGAGAAGAGGUGAAGAGGUCAGCAGCAUUGAAGGAGCUUCUGUGCUGGAAAAAAGUAAGGUAAGUCAUUUUUUUUAUUUGAAUGCACUCGGGGGUGGAGGGGACCAGAAUAAGAGUAGGAUCAAGAACACUACAGCAUUAGGAAAACAGAUUUGUAUUUCUAAUGCCAUUGUGUUCCUUUAACUAGGUCAGUAAAACAGACCACCAUUCUAUGCUUCUUUCACAGCUUCUUAGUUUACACAGAUCACCUCCUGAUCAACUUACAUACAUUAUACUUAGUAGAAGACAUCUAGUGCCUAAUGUAUAUUCACUAGACAGUAUCUGUAUCCGCAUGAGAGGCACACAAUUAUGUAAUCUCAAUAAAAAGAAUAGGAAAAGUUUGUUUAAAAAAUACAGCAAUACGUGCAUGUAAAUACAUUUCCAGUUUCUGUAUAGUGAUGACAUAAAUCCCUAGGAAACAAUGUAAAUGUAAAUGCUGGCACACAAUUCUGUUUACAAAUAAAAUAAUUUAACCAAUUCAUUCAAAUUUGAUAAUUUUUAAAACUUGGUUGUGAAACCCAUACUAAAAGCAUAUAGUUGUAAUUCAAUUUAGUUUAUUAUUUUUGGUUCAUUUAUCCGUUUUCUACUACAUGAAAUAUGCACAGCAGUAUUUUGGAAAAAAAAAUAGGGAGGAAGUGAAGUUUGAAAGGGCAUACUAAAAAGCGUGAGCUUUGCUUAUGGAGCAACCCUAAGAUUAGUAGGCUCUUAUGUUAAGCCCCUUUCACUCACUUUCUGGGCUUUAAUCAUCACCAAAGGUAAAAAAUCAAAACAAAACAAAACAAUGCAUACCUUCAAACACUGAGAAGUAUAAAUACACGUUUGGGAUGGGCCAAACGGAUGGUGUGCUUUGACAUGGUAAGGUGCAGGAUUCCUGGAAAAAAAAGUAGCAGGUUUGCUUUUUAAAAGAAAAAAAAAAAAAGGUGUCUAUUAAUAGGGUUUAUCUGUGCUUGUUGGCCCUUGUAUUGCCGACAUAUGGGGAAAAGAGAAUCAAUCUGGAAGUUGGAAUCUUAUUCACCAGCUUCUUAUUUGAUAAACUUCAAAUCUUGUUGAAC